AUGGCCCGCAUCCUCGCCGUCAACGCCGUGACGGCGCUCUGCCUCCUCAGCUUCCUCCGCGCCUGCCCGUUCGCCGACGCCCGGCCGAUGCCCGCGAGGCCGGUGAGCUCCGGGACGUCCGCGCUUGCACUGCCACCGUCGGCCUUCGAGGGCGCGGCGCACUGGCGUGCCGCCGACGCGGCCGCGAGGGCGGGGAAGUGGCUGCCGUACUACCGGUACGCAGGCGGCGGCGGCCUGCACUACCACCCAGGGUACCCGAAGUACCCGGGGUACCCGGCAGAGGGAAAGCCGAUGAUGUGGGGGUCGGGCACGCCACCGGAGCUGGGCGCCUACGCGGCGAGCGGCAGGCAGCUUGGGAAGUCGCCGUACGGCGAUGAGACCCGGCGGGAGCAGGUCGCCAUGUGGGCUUCGCUGCUCAACCCGUCCAAGGGGCCAACCGCGCCUACCAGCUGGCUGCCGGCGAAUGGCGGCGACGAGCCGGCGGAUCAGGCCCGCGACGAGCCUAAGGCGUACGACGGCGCUGCCGAAGGGACGGAGAUGGACGUGCCCCCGGGCGGCGGCGGCGUUCAGACCGCCCAGCAGCCCAAGUGGGGGUUCUACCCCGGGAACAAGAAUGGCAAGUGAAGAUGACGUGCGCGUGCCCGCAGAAUUACUGCACUGGCACAAGACUGGAUUAUGCUAGUUCUUUGUCGUCAGAAUAGAUGUGCCUCGACGGCUAUACAGAGUCAAGCUUACACAACUUUGACUGUAAUAUUCAAAUUUUGACA